UAAGGUAGAUAUUAUCCGCUCGCUGUUUGUAAAUGGCGUAACAAAUACUGAACAAUAUUUGAAACAUGUAACCCUUAGAUUUGAAACAGAAAAUUUUAAUUUUAUCAUUAAAUUUACCUAAUUCAAGAUAUGCAUACAAAAUUGAAACAAUAUAAAUAAGUUUAUAGGCUAUUUUUUUAUCAUGGCUACUAGUAGAUCCUUAAGUUCCUCAUCAGAAGCCCUUCCUGGAGCCUCAGACAGUGAUAUGAGUGCAGAUGAAGGAGGGCAAGGUAAUGAUAAUCGCAUUCAAUCAUUGCAGCAGGCUAAUAGAGUAUUAAAGAUGGAGUUAGAAAUGUACAAGUUACGUUGUAAGCAAAUGCAAGAAGAAAAUAAGACUCUAAGACAAGCUAGUGUUUCUAUCCAAGCCAAAGCUGAACAAGAAGAGGAAUUCAUUUCAAAUACAUUAAUGAAAAAAAUUCAUACAUUAAAAAAAGAAAAAGAAAUUCUUGCAAUGAAUUAUGAAGAGGAGGAGGAAUAUUUGACUAAUGAUCUUUCAAAAAAACUUUUUCAACUGCGCAAUGAAAAAGUUCAACUUGAACAAACUUUAGAACAAGAACAAGAGUUUCAAGUUAACAAGUUAAUUAGAAGAAUUGAACGGCUUGAAGCUGAAACUAUUUCAAAGCAACAUUUACUUGAACAGUUGCGUAAAGAAAAAGUUGAUCUUGAAAACACUCUUGAGCAAGAACAAGAAGCACUUGUUAAUAGAUUAUGGGUGAGAAUGGAAAAACUUGAAGCAGAAAAAAGAUUGUUGCAGCAGAAAUUAGAUCAACCCAUUUCAGAACCAGCAUCACCACGAAAAGAUACUGUUUUUGAUCUUGAUGUUGAUAAUCUUUCUGACAAUGUUAAUGCUCUAAGAGAUGAAGUUUUACGAUUAAGAUCUCAACUGUGUAGUGCUGCAGCAGAGCACAGCAAAACUAUGUCUAAGUUUGAAGAGGAAGAAAAUCAGCUGAAAGAAGAAAAUGUUAGAUUACAACGAAAGCUAUUACUGGAGAUGGAAAGAAGAGAACAACUUAGUCGUCAGCUCUCUGAAAGUGAAUCAAGUCUUGAAAUGGAUGAAGAGCGACAUUUUAAUGAACUUGCAGCUCAUGGAGGACCAAUUGCAUUUAGAGAUCGGGCUAUAUCAAGUCCUGUUCCAUACCCAACUCGACCUAAGUCACCGGCCCUUCACUCAGCUGCAGGUAGUAAUCCUUCUUCUUGUUUUACUCCACCUUCUCCAAUGACUGGAAAUCGAGUUUCUUCGAAUGUUGUAGGCAACUCCUCACCGAUUGCAAAAGUCCGCCAGUCGAAUAGUCCAAAGUGGGCUCAACAGUCUAAUGUUAUUGAUCGAUCUUCCUCUGCUGCUGGCGCUGGUAUUGAACGGCCUAAAAGUGGUCAAUCAAUGUCAAAAGUAGUUACUGGCAAAUGACCAAUCAAUAAAGAUUUUGAUGAAGUAGAUUUUAUAUCGUCCUUUUUUUUCUGAAAUAUUAUUUGAUACUAAACUCUGAAGAUAUUUGAAAAAAUGAAA